AUGGCUUCUCAAUGGCGGCGAGACAACGACGAUGGUCCUGCUGAUCGGUCCCCACACUUUUUCAAGAUUAUUCUGCCGAAUGCUGUUCAGGAAGGAAAGCUUCGGAUUCCAGAUAAGUUCGUGCAGAAAUUUGGAGUGGACCUGUCAGAUAUGGCCUUUCUCACUAUUCCAAAUGGUAGAAAAUGGAAAGUCAAGUUGACACAACAUGCUGGGGGGGUUUGGUUUCAAAAUGGUUGGUCCGAAUUUGCAAGCUCUCAUGGUGUAGCAGUGGGGCACUUGCUGGUUUUCAAAUAUGAAGGAAAUUCACAGUUUCAUGUACUCAUUUUUUAUGCCACUGCAAUAGAAAUAGACUAUACUUUAGACGACGAACUCCAAGUUCAUAGGAUCGAAGAUGAUGAGAGUGAUGACAGCUCUGUUGAAAUCAUCAAACACUUUUAUAGGGGAGAGGGUUCAGGUUUGAAUGUUACACUUUUGUAA